CUGCAGCUCUGCAGUGUGUGAGGUGGAGGAUGAGGGGACAUGUGGGGCAGAAACCUCCUCAUUCACGCCUCUUUUCCCCUCGUUAUAAAACUCUCAGAUUAACAGAUGACAGUUAUACAGCAGGUUUCUGUUGACAGAAUGAAGAUCAUCAUGUUUCUCCCACUUUUGCUUCUGGUCUGCUCUUUUUCAGCAGAUGAGACUGAGACUGCAGGCCAACAACCCUGUCCUCAGGACAUCCAUGCUGUGCUGAGAGAGCUUACCGCCUCAUUGGCUGUGCAGAAUGAGCGGAUCACUGUCCUACAGAGAGAGAAUCAAGAACUAGCAACAAAGGUGGAGAGUCAGAAGACUGAGAUCGACCAGCUGAAGCAGCAGUUACAAGUCAAACAGGUGGCUUUCUCAGCCUCUCUGCUGGAUCAAGGUGAAGGAGAUACUGGACCCUUUGAUGACCACACUACUCUGAUCUUCAAACAUGUUAUCACGAACAUUGGAAAUGCCUACAACAAAAACACAGGUAUUUUCACUGCACCAGUGAGAGGAGCCUACCACUUUGACUUGACCAUAGUUGGUCAUGGAAACAUUGUUGCAGGUGCUUUCUUGUUGAGGAAUGGGGAGCAAAUUUCUAUUACAUAUGAAAAUCCAACAUCUGGUACAGUGAGCGCCUCUAAUGGAGUCUCACUGCUUCUAGAGGUUGGAGAUCAGGUGUUUGUACGUCUAUUGGCUAGUGCAAGGAUAUUUGACAGUCAAAGUCAUCAUAACACGUUCAGUGGUCAUCUGAUCUUCACCAUGUGAGAGGUGUGACAGCUCCAACACUUCCUGUUUGGCCUGUCCUGUGUGGGCGGAGCUUAGCCAUUUUUAGAAGUAAAACAGGAAGUAAAUCACCUGCUGGAAUCAGUUUCUUGCUCUCUCUCUCUCUCUUUCUGGUUGGGUUCUAGUUUUGUGUUUAUUUGUUUCUACUGACUCAGAUAAUUUACUUCUUCUUGUUAUCUUUGAUUCAAAUACAUCCAGUUAAAUGCUCAGUGAUUCUCUUCUCUUUGUCCUUUCUUUGAGUCAGCUCUUCACAAAGUGCUGCUCCUCCAUUAGGUCCUGACUAUUUUCUAUAAGUUGGUAAACGGCAUCGUUUUUUAUUGGCUCCACUGUCCUGUGUUGGUCAGUCUGUUAUUUUGGUGACUGCUGGCCCACAUGUUUGCUUUUAACUGGAGUCUUUCCUGUUAAGUUGAGCAAAAUCCAACAGUUCCUCUUUUUCUCUUCUUUGAUAAUCAUGCAGGUGUUUUUCUUAAACUCUUAACAGAUGUUAAACCUAAUCUGACUAUCAUGAUAAAAAUGUAAACAGCUGAUUUAGUUAAUCCAAAUGCAGACAGAUAACUGACUGUAAACUUACUCGGGUUCAUUUCUUUCAAUUCUUUACUUUCAAAAUAAAAGCAUCUUUGAACUCA